AUGCGCCAGCUAUUACUGCUGGCCGUACUGAUAGGCGGUGUGCUGUGUAUGACCAUCGAUCACCACAAGUACUACUAUUCCCGGCAGCCCGCGCUGUUCCGCUUGCUGCGAAAGUAUAACCUGUGGCCCAGGAAUCAAACGGUGGAGUAUGAGCGACCGGCUCAGCAGCUCAACGUACCGAAUCCGUUCAUCUAUGGAGGCGACAGUGUUGCGAUUGAAAGCUUUCCCUAUCAGCUAUCGUUGCGGCUUGAGGGAACGCACGUUUGUGGUGCCUCAGUGAUUGCCGAACGAUGGGCAUUGAGUGCGGCACACUGUCUGGACGAGGCACUGUUCGCAUCCGCUAUUACGUUCCGCGGUGGGACUCCACAUCGAUUGGCCGGUGGUUACAUAUUCCCGGCGGAUCAAUAUUUUCUGCAUCCAAAGUUUGACCGGGAGAUACUGGACUACGAUGCGGCCGUGAUACAUGUGACGGAAAGUUUCCUCAUCGAUCCGAUACGUCCGGUUAGUCUGGGUAACACCAACACGAUCUACCCGAUUCCUUCGGCUGCUGUCGUGUCCGGUUGGGGAACAGCGAAUGAUGAUGGAUACACACCGCUGAUACUGCAAUCGCUAGAAGUUUACAUGCAAAGGCAGCAGCUGUGCUGGUCCUCCUGGAUAGAACGGUACACCGAUCGCAUGAUAUGUGCCGGUGGUGGAGAUUAUGGAAAAGACGUCUGCCAUGGUGACAGUGGCGGACCACUAGUAAUGAAUGGAUAUCAAAUAGGAAUAGUGUCGUGGGGGACCAAUAUCUGUGCAAUAAACCUUCCCGGCAUAUACACAUCCCUCCAGAACGAUGAAGUACGUGCGUUUAUUACUAUUCACACUGGCGUGUAA